AUGCUCGAAAUCUCAACCUUCCUGUUGGAAAUUCUCAGGUUAAGGUUGACUCGUUUCAAAGAUAGAAUCCCUUCGGUACGAUUGGUGAUUCCAAUACUCAUUGUGGUUGUCGGCAUCAUCAUGAUCUCUGUGACUUUCGCGGGGAUCAAAGGGAAUCCAUAUGGCCUCAUUGAUCAGUGCACAACACAGGUUGAUGCGGACGUGGGUGGUGAUGGCGUACGCAUCGCAGUAUGGGUACAGAUUGGAUCUCUGCUUGGCAUCUCGAUCUUGAGCAGUUUCCAUACAUCUGUUACUGGAGUCAAGGAAAUCGGAGCUGGGCUGAUUCUGACCCACCUGUCUCUCUCCAUCGCCAUGUUGGUGCAACUGGGCCAGGGCACUCUAAGUUUCGCGGAUGCUGUCAUUGGCACCAUGAUCCUCGAUGCGCAGAACAUGGCACUAUCAAUCCAACUAGGAUCCAAGGAGACUCUUGCCUCUCGCUGGCAAGUUGGGAUAACCACUGUGACCCAGGCAUUCGGCCUGGUAGUCGAGGCUAUUUUUAUAUCGAAGCUCACUUCUGGGCCUUCAUUGGUCACAGAUCAGUGUAAAUGCCUCACUUUCUUUUGGUGGGGCUGGAUCAGUAAUUGUGCCAAGAUUCCAUCUCAAGCAGCGAUACUCUGGACUUAUUACGCUUGCCGGCUCAUUGCCAUCUGUCAAUCCAACUUCCAUGCGCUUUGGAACACGAAAAAUUUCGAUCGCGCUCAAAAAGCGGAGAACGAUCCAAAAAGCGUUCUCGAAAACCGCCUUCUCGACAAUGUUACUUACCUCCAUAUGAACAAGUAUGGUGUUGCCAUAUUCAAAGAAUACCCAGCUACCGUGACCUUCAUGUAUGGCUUCUAUGGAUUGUUCGCUUUGACAUCGAUGAUAACAACCGAAAACACCAUGUCUCGUUAUGGAAUACGUCCCUCGUCUCAAAUCAGCUCUAUUGGACAGAUCAUAGCCCUGGUCAUUGCCGGUGCAUCUGUCACCCGAGCUAUCUGGCUACUAUGGAGACUAUUCAAGGGCCUCGACGGCGAGGCAUUUGUCCGUUGGCCUCUCAGUCUUGAACCAGCCAAGGUCGGCCUUCAGUAUCAGAGUUUCUGGCCACAAUUUGAUACCUUUUUAUCUCCGGACCAGCUCCUCCUUGGUGACUUGGUUACAGAUGAAGUCAGGCCUGAGAACAGUAUCCUAUCGCGGAAUGACAAGCCAGUACAGCCUCAUGAGACGCAAGAAUAUUAUGAAGUAUCACAAGAAGAAAGUCGGAUGGCAAAAAUCAAGAGCGGUCUCAUAUGCGGUCUCGAUCUCAUCACUCGUUCUAAAUCAACUCAUAACCGUCUGUCCGCCGCAUCCGUCAAACGUCGUUCAUUUAGCCCGGAUCAGAAAUUUAUAAAAGAACGAUUUUCCAGUCUUCGGUCUACACAUCCUCGCUUCGAAUCAGAAUUGAGAUGUGUAUACAUGGUAGUGUCACAAAGAGUUGCUUACGACUAUACACUUGCGAUAGGUCAUACGACAACGUCAGCGGGAACUUUGGGAGAGACAUCGAUCCAACCCGAGGCGGGAGUUUCUUUUCAAGAUGUUGUUUUCUUUAAGGAGGUAGUCUUAGAUGUUGGGCUUCUAAGAAUCCUGCUUCCGAUCCAAGAAGACGGAAACUUCAAAGUCUCCCUUGUUCCCUUGAAAAAACAGAAAACAAAUGUUACACUGAAAUUGCCACGUGCUGGCGCUGAUGCUUAG